CUCUCAUCCUCUCGCCAUGGACCGUGGAUGGGUAUAAAUAUGGGCUCACAGGCCCCGGCCGAGUAGCUGUUGUUUACCACAGCACAGUACUUACUUGUUCGAUCCCACCAGCAUACACAAAAGACACCGAUUGAUUCCAGCACAGUCCUUUAUCUGUACGACACAAACUUAACAUCGAGCAGCAGUAGCAGCGGAUUGCACCGUCGUCAUGGGUUCUUGGGUGCGCACCAUCACGACGCCCUUCAGGAAGAUGCUCAACCCGCAGCGGGACGGCAAGAAGACGCCGCGCCACCACCACCACCAAUCUCCUUCAGCCAUGGAGCACAGCGGCGAGAUGGAGAGGUCGCAGCUCUACGGCGAGGUUAUGGCGUGCACGUACGAGGACGUGCAGGUCAUGUGGUCCAUGCUCGACAAGGCCAGGAUCUGCAGCGCCGCCGCCUCGUGACCACGCGCACCUGCUUCGUCCACCGACCCAUCCGAUCCGUCCGUCCAUGGCGAGAUGACGACCGACCAGACGAGAACGAGAUCGACCCACCAGUAUAUACAACGACAGAGCCAUAGCCAUUCAUUGCAAAGCAAGCUCUUGGCGACGACUGCGGGGCAGCGAGCCCUUCACCUGCAGACUGCUGCCGAGGCGGCAUGCAAGUUCUGAAACUUUUUUCUUUUUUCCAGUUGAGUUCGUGUGGCGUAGCACGAAUGGUGGUGGAGUCUGAAUCCCCAUUGCUGGCACACAAGGAUCAUAGUGACUAGUGAAGGUGUGCUAGCUGCCUUGGAGAGAUUUAGUGACUGCGACCACAACAUUAGCUUAGGUGUUGCUGCUUUUGAUGAGGCCAUGAUGCUCUGUUUCCUCUUUUUCUGUUUUUGGUGUCAGAGAUGCAAGUAUUCAUCAUCCGAUGCAUGAGUUUAUAUAGUACUUUUAGAGAUC